GUAGACGAGGUGCAUUUUUUCCUUCGAUUAAAGCCGAAAUUUCUGGGGUAUGUCUGACCAUCGCGCGGUUGAACCACUGGGUCCAGGGAUCAACUGUCAAAGUGCCUGUGACAUCGUGACAAAAGAGAGCAUUGGUCUGCAACUGUUCGAGGUACUUCUAGAUAAAACUCAGCACGUUUAUUACACCGGUCAGAUUGUCUCUGGAAAAGUUAAACUGCAACUCGACUCACCGAUUAGUGGAAUGGUGGUAAAAUUGGAGUGCAGGGGUGAAGGACAGGUCUAUUUCACAAACCGAUCAACUGGUUUCCGGAGAAAAGUUUCUGCCCAAGAAACCUACCUCCACGAUGUGAUUUAUUUAACCAGAAGUGACUCCAGUGAUGCAGAAAUCAGGAGUGAUGGAUUUUCAUUCAGCUUCAAUCUGCCAGAAAAGCUACCAUGCAGUUUCGAGGGUCGAUACGGACGAGUGAGAUACUCUAUCAAGUCAACACUGGAAUUUACUCGAAACUCAGGAAUAUCCUCCGAGCCUUUGGCAUUCACCAUCGCACCUGUUUUAGAUUUGAAUCAGCACUCAUUGGCACCAUUACCUUUGAGCGAGAGUAACACGAAAACAUUCACUGGUCACCUGAAGCCUUUGAGCAUGUCAGUCUUCAUCCCUGUUCGUGGUUUCGUCCCUGGCCAAACAAUUCCGCUGAAAAUUAAUCUAAAAAAUGAGUCAAACGUCGACGUGAAAAAGCUUCGAAUUUUAUUCAAAAAGGUGGUGGUAUAUCGUUCAGCGGAUAAUAUUCGCAAACACAAAGAGAUUGUUGUAGAGAUUCACCAGCCAGUGCAACGUAAUUGCGAGGUUUAUGACUGUGAAUUCGACGUGCCAGCAAUUCCACCGUCAGGGCGAGUGUGCGAUCUCAUUGACGUUUGUUAUACCCUCAAAGUCGAGGCGUGUGUGGACAUCAACGAGUGGUACUACCGGAUGUUUCAUAAAAAUCUCAAGAUAAGGAUGGCCAUUGUCGUCGGAACGUGCCCUCUGAGGAACUACGAAGACCCCAUAGACUCUAGCGAUGACCCCCAGAGUAUUUCAAAAAAGGAUAAGUCCGUUCAGUGGGCUGAGACUGUCUCCAAAGACAAUGAAUCAAAGGGGUGCAAGUAUCAGAGCAGCCGUAUAUAUCGAUCCUCGAAACCUGAACGAGAUGAUCCCGUGGGGGAGAAUGGAGAUGAUGCCCAUGUGGAAGCGUAUGCACCGAUGUACCGGGUGUAUAAAUUUGAUGGUGGGAUAAGGGGAUGAUAUCGUUACGCGAUGACUGUUUGUUGAUGCAUUGAAAUUUCUUUUCGGAGGGCUUUCAGAAGAGUGGCGUUACGCGGACGGAGUAAUUUACUCGAAAUUUCUAGUUGUGUUAGACACCGGUUCAUCUUGAAAAUUAUUAAUGAAUUAUUGCUGAUGGCUUUUCAUUUUUCAUGUUUUUCUAUAAAUCCCUCGGAAAUCCAGGACCAAAUUGAUGUGGAAAUAUUUCAUUUAUCGGUUUCAUCAUUAUUUUAUGAUUCACUAAUUUUCAGGAAAGUUGUGCGUCUAGCUUUUAAAAAUUUUCGUAAAGUUUGUGGAGUUUUGUAAAAGUUUGCUAAGAACACAGGAAAAUUCUUUCACACCGAUGAAACUUCGUGAGACAUUGAAUAAUAAUAAAACUCUAAAACGAUGUUUUCACGUCGAUUUUAUCAAGCGUUUCCCAGAAAUUCUUUAAAAAAACUUGGAAAAAUGAGAAAAUAUCGUCGAUAAUUCCUUAAGGGUGUUCUACACCCAUACAUAGUCAAAGUUUACGUUUUUCAUUUUUCUGGUAAAUGUAUCAUGAGAUUGACGUGAUAAACUAAAGUUUUUGUGUCAUUUUUGUUGUCAUUAUUUAAUAACUGAUGAAGUUUCAUGGUGGUGUGAACA